AUGUCAACAAACAUUUUUCGAAUUCUCCUGAUAAAAAAAUUGUUUUUAGCGCGUAAAUCUAAAUUGAAAAAAAUUCUUGAGAUUUUAAAGAAAGCAGCUGUAAAAAGGAUGUAAAUGUUUAAAAAUCAUCUCUUCAAAGUACCAGUAUACCUCGCCUCAGCUUCGAACUCUAAUUAUUAACCUCCGGUGACCACUACUCCGGCGUGAUGUUCGCUUUGCAGGAGCUGAGGAAGCGAGCGAAAGGAUUAGAUAGUACAGAUUGUUACAAUAGCGUAUUGUCUAAUUUCCAUUGCGUUCACAAGGACUCGCCUCCAUCAGAUGAAACUAACGAAACAGGCUCUCCUUUGCUGAGCUGUGCUUUCGCUCGCAGAUCAAGUUACGGUCAUGUAUUGGGAGCUACAUGCGAUAAUGGCCAGAUAAUGAUUUUGAAUACAGAAUUUCUUCAAAAUGAUCACUACCCUUACCAUAUCCAACAAGUCGGCUCGGAUGCUCUGUUUUCGGUAUCGUGGAGUGAUAUUGACAUGAAAUUGAUCACAACUUCGGGAAACCAUAAUGCUACAUUAUUCGACGUACACGAUGACGGCUCGUUAACCGAACUGAAUACUUUCAAAGCUCACACAUGUACUGUAAAGACAUCCUGUUUCGAACCCACUAGUUCGCAUAUUUUUGCCACCGGUGGAAGAGACGGAAAUAUUUAUAUUUGGGAUGCGCGUUCUUCGAGGGCAACUGCCAAUGGAGAAAUAUUACCUGAUAACUGUAUUCUGAAUAGUCACUGCAGAAAUGCAAAUGUUAAAAAUUCGGCUCAGAAACAGAAAGCGGCGCCUAGCAUUACUUGCGUAACGUAUCAAGAUCAACAUACGUUAAUUUCGUGCGCUGAUAAAGACUCAUGCAUCAAAGUGUGGGAUUUGCGAAAAACGUACCAGUAUAUGAAAAAUAUAGUACCUGUUCAAGAAUUGAUAUGUCCAGAUAAGAAAUCAUCGUUUGGAUAUUCGCAUAUGACUAUAAACAGGACAGGCUCCCGCUUAUUUGCAAGUUGUACGAAUAGUACAAUUUAUUGUUACAACAUAACGAAGAAAGAAUGUAGUCUAGAAUAUACGUAUACCGGUCACGAGUGCUCCGGAUUCUAUGUAAAAUGCAGCUUAAGUCCAGAUGAGAAAUACUUAGCGAGUACGGAUAGUCUGAAUAAGGUUUAUAUUUGGAAAGUGAACGCCUCGAAAGAUCCUAUCGUCAUGUUGGAUGGAAUACACGAUGGAUUAUGUGAUGUAUCGUGGUGUCCCGCGGAUCAGUUAAAGAUUGCCACUACGUCAGAUUAUCCUCGUCCGUGGAUUUGGAGCGCAUUACCCGAAUCUUGGUGUGCACCGGAACGACUGAAGACGUCGAGUACGUCGAAUAGUUCUCGUUCUUGGAUUUGGAACGCAGAACCAGAACAUAGAUCAGAUUCUAACCAGAGAUCGGACGGUUUUGCCAUUCAUCUCGAUGAACAGUUAACACCCGAAAGAUACCGAAGGAGUUUUACGAUGGCGUCCAAGUUACGCAAAUUUCCUAACGAUGAAACUGAACUAUCACGGAUCGUGUUACCAAACGCUUUCGUCGAUGGCACUUAUCAGACUCAUACCUGUGCAAAAAUCGGACCCAAACCGAGUUCCUUGAAUAAUUGGCUCACCAAUUUACACAUCCAACAGCCAAAAGAGUCCAUUAGCCCUAAGUCAUUGAGUAAAUUAUCUAGCCCUAAGUCGCUGAGUAAAUUAUCUGUUCGAAAUAGGGUAUCUCCUAAAGUAAAGAAAUCUCCCGGUGUGCAGAAUCGUUCCAAAAGUUUGAAACGUAAAAGGUUAAACAUGACUGCCGACGGUAAUAACCUAACCAAGUAUUUCAAACAUUCGGAUGAAAACUUUCAUAAUGAUCAAUGAUUAAGUUUAUUUGCCAAUUCUCAUUUUGUGAUAAUAUUUUCUCACUUUUUACUGUGAUGUCUGACGACAUUUUUGAGUUAUUCAUGUGUUUUCAUUUCAUUUACGUGUCUAAUUUUUUAACCUUACAUUAGUAUACGUUUGUAAUUUUUUUUUUUUAACUAUUAGCUCUUGUUUGUUCUUUUUUCUUCGGCAUUUUUUAAAUACGUUUAAUUGAUGCUAACCGGCACCCGGUGUCAAUAAAAUUUCAAUUGACCGAAAUGUA